AUGUGGAAGGACACUUGCAAUGAAAUUGUGAGACAGCAAGCCGCUGAUGCCCCGUCUAGAAAUGCCAACCGCCGAAAGAGAACCAGCUUCUCCAAGGAGCACGUGGAGCUGCUGAGGGCCACAUUUGAGACAGACCCAUACCCGGGCAUCAGCCUGCGGGAGAACCUGUCCCAGACUACUGGGCUGCCAGAGUCCCGCAUCCAGGUGUGGUUCCAGAACAGGAGAGCCAGGACUCUGAAGAACAAAACUGGCAAAAAGCUCUCCUGGCGGGGGGAGUCAGUGAGCCCCCAGCUCAGCCCUUGUACCCUUGACCAAACCCCACCUCCGCCCCCAUACCACCGCACCACAGGGGUCCGGGGACCACAGCCAGGCCAGGCGGGGCUCCACGCCCAGCCUCUGCAGGCUCUGUACCUGGCUCAGGUGAAGGAGGAAGUGGAGGACAGCUGCUUCUAUGGUCACUUCCUGCCCUUUAACGCCAAAGGAGCAGAGGCCACCUGGUUGUCGGGAGACGCUGGUCACUGGAACCCCCCCUGUGGGCCACGGCAUAGCAGGCUCCCAGGCACCAGCUCCAGCCCCCCCCUGCAGAGCCCAGCACCCCACCAGCAGGUGCCAAGCAGCUGGGGCACGGGGUCCAACCACACGUCCCCGGACUCCCUGUGGAGCCCCCCUCCGCUGGAGGCCAGAGACUAUGACCACCGGCUCCGACAGGCCUUCCUGUUCCCCCAGCCCCUCAAUCUGUGCGAGAACCCCGCUUUCCACCCCUCCCAGCCCGGGGGCCCCUCCUCGCCUGACUCUGGGUGCUGGGAGCUGGGGCAGGAGAACACGCCCCCUGCCGGCCUGAUGUCCCAGUACAGUGGAGGCUGGGGUGGGCCUGUCUCCAAGCAUCACCUGGAAAUCCCGGGACUGCCCACCCACCUGGACGCCCCACUUCCGGAGCUGCCGGUGCAGUCGCUGCAGGAGAUCCUGGGGGAGCUGGAGUCGGAGUCCAAUUGGUGGAGACCCAGUGGUGGAGCUACCGUCCAUGCAGAGGAUAAGUUUAUUUACUGCUGAAGACCGACUAGACUGGAGUGGAAUAGCGAACCGUGCUAAAGUUCUUCACACCAAGCUUUCCAAAAACUCUAUUUCAGAAACAACAUAUAUUUCUUCUUUAUACAUCCUUGGUAAUGUUGUGAUAAUUGAAUUAUUGUAGAUUAUUAAAUGUUAAUAUUAUAUUAAAAAAACAAAGUUGUAAUGACAUCACAAUUGUAAACACAUUACCAUUUACAAGUUUUUAACCAAAUAAUAUGUAAAUAGGCGCUGAAUCACAGUCUGUAGGGGAUGUAGGACUAAUGUGGAUAGGUUCCUUCAUUGAACUGUGUUUCUCAGCCACAGGUUUGUCUGUUUGGGGUGGUUAGGUAUGAAAUUGGUUGGGUAAAAGAGGGUGGGUGAACUAGACAGCAAGUAUGUCUGUGGGGAGUUACUCUAUCUUGGGUGAGGGUCCUCGUCUAUGUUAAAUUACUACCCUGAGGGUAAAUUCAAAUAUUGCUAUUUAUAUUUUCCCACUGACAUGCAUAUCAGAGGAAUAUUUAAAUUUUAUUUCUGCACUUGUAUAUCAAUAAACCUUUUUUUAUAAUAUAUAUCAUUUUUUGUUUUGAAAUUGUUAUUGUUUGCUUGAGUAUUUAAGAUGCGAGAACUACAACUGGACAUGAUUGCGAUACCUUUGU